AUGUCCACUACUGACAUCACGGGUUUGGGUUCACCCCCGACCUCACCGCCAACACCGCUUCAUCGCUCACGGACCGUACAAUCUCGAGUUAGCGGUCGGCGAAUGUUUUUCGAAUUUGACACACCGGAAGCGUUUAUCUCUCCGCAAUUAUUCGCCGUAAAUCCAAGUGGAAAUAUGAUUUAUUCGGUUAAAAUCGAAAUGAAAUUAACACUUGAUCCAGAAACACAGGAAGUAGUUAUGGUAAUUGCAAGUCGAUUGAUUUGUCGCUGUUCAAUCCAUACUGGGAAGAGCACUACUUAUGUAAUCGACUACGACAUCACUGCUGAUGAACUACGACAAUCCAGCGAUAUGUAUUUACUAACUGAUAACAUAGCCGUACUAAUCACAUAUAAUCCGGAAAACUAUCAUUUCUCACAGUAUGUUCUGGCACUAAAUGAUAAAACAGAAAAAGCAGUGUUAACAAUGAAGAGAACAAUUACAAUGCCGGCGUUAAAUUCCAGCCUGACAAUAGGAACGGGUCUUUUAAGUGACGGAUACAUACUCGUUACGGGAUACAGCGGACCAGACGAGCACGAACGACGUGUAAUUGCUUUACUGAUCGCUGCUGAUCCGUACAGAGCCUCUUUAAUCCAUAACAAAAGUUUGACGGAAAUGGUCCGGCAAUUUGAGCGAUUUUUGCAACGUGCCUAUCCGGAAUUACGAGUGCUUGCACCUGGAAUUUUUGCCGAAAAAGAUGGAUUGAUUUUUCUGUUGAAGAGCAUUGAAUACGAUCUUUUUGAAACAUCGCUAAUCGGAAGAGCAUAUUUCACUCCGCGAGGAAAUCGAGUUCGUUGCCAAAUUAUACCCGUUGACAAUAGCUCCGUGCUAUUUUCUCGUCUUUUAUGCAUUCGCCAUGUUCGCCAACUGUGUCAUCGUGAUGACAAUAUCUGGAUGACAAUAAUCAGUUCGGAUUUCGCCCAGCUGAGCACUUGGCGAUGGCGUUUCUAUCUAAGCGCUUUGCUCUACAUCAUAAAAACAAUUACGUUAGUGUUGAGAAUAGUUUUAUGGCUACGACGUAUUGAUCGUGGAGUUUCGCUACUUCUUUACAUAAAAUUACUUCGUUGGCUGUAUGGACCAUCGAUGAUCCCAGUGACUGCACCACCACCUACUUUUAGUAUGUAUGGGCUGAAUAUGAAGUCAUUGAAAUUUAGGAAGGUCCCAAUCAAGCCAAAACUCUACUCGAUGGAAAACGCAUUUGUAAGCUACCCGUUGGCUAUCGAUUGUGACAAAAGUGGAGGAGUGAUUACUGCAGAACUUGGAUCAUCACUCAAGAUAAACUAUUUCCCAAGCCAGAACACUCCUUCAAGUUUGUGCAAGCUCGCAGAACACUCCGUUUACAGGAAUUUCCCUGCUUUUGAGAAAAGUCCGCUCUUCCGUCGCUCUGUCGGGCAGCGGAACUGGGAGCUGCUGUGA